GUCCCCACGGGACAGAGAUGCUUGCGUGUGACGUCACCGGUUGUAAACUGUGAGAUUGUUUUCCCCAUCGAAGCAGCAGAAGGCUGAAUAAGGAGCAGCCGCAACUAGUAGGCGCUAAAGCAGGAAAUAAGAUCGUGUACAGAGUCAAAGAAAGGACUCUGAUCCAGACAGCCGGUGAUCUUCAGAUUCUUCCUCUGUGGAUGUAAACAAACCUGGCACACUGAAUUACUGUGUCACUUCAACAAAAAGUAGCCAACCGCUGACUCACUCACGGCACACUUCUGGCUGAGGAACCUGCAGAUCCUGUCUGAGGCCUCCAGUAACAUCAGGUUUAGUGGACAGAGAGCUGGUGUGUGUAAUGGCUCUGCUGACUGUGCAGAGAAUCCCGUCCACUUCCACUGAUCCAGAUGAAAGCAGCAUAAGAAGGCAGAGACUUCAGAAAAGGGAGAGCUUUGCUCUCGUGAAGGGGGCGGUCGUUCUGCUGGAAGAGGGUGACAGGCUUCAUGAUGAGACUUCUUCAACAUACAAUGAACCACCGAAGGAAGGGGUUGGGUCUUCGGAUGUGAGGCACAAACGCAUUCAUGCCAUGGUUGAACUGCUCAGACCAGAAGAUACCAUCAAGCUGGCGGUGCAGCUGGAGUCAGUUAGUUCAGUCAGAAUCCGGUACCUGAUUGUCGUCUCCACCCUCAACAACAAAGAAGAAACCAUCUUGCUCGGCAUGGACUUCCCCAACUCAGACAGCAUUCACUGCACCAUCGGCCUGGUUUUGCCAAUAUGGAGCGACACACAAGUGUAUCUGGACGGAAGCGGCGGAUUCACUGUGACCUCAGCAGAAGAUACCAGAAUUUUUAAGCCUGUUUCCAUGCAGACCAUGUGGUCAGUGCUGCAGGUGUUGCAUGGUUGCUGUGAGCGUGCAGUCAAGGCGGCAUUGAUUCCUGGCUGUGGCUUGGAUUGGGCUCAGCACUACAAUCACCACAUAGAGUCUGAUCGCUUCUGUCUCAAUGAGUGGGAGGCCAUGAAUGACUUGGAAUCAGUGCGCAAGGACAGUGAUGGACAGGGCUCAAUAGACAGAGUUUCUAAAGAAAGGCUGAUAAAGGAACAUCUCAGAGACAUUAUGAGGACUGAAGAUCUGGACAACCUCACAUCUAAAAUGGUGCACACUGCACUGAAGACCAGGAUAGGGUUUGAUAUGAGACCCUUCAACCAGUUCAUUGACAACGAGAUCCUGGUCACCAUGGCUCAGAUGGAUAAACCCUCCAAAAUAUUUGACUACCUUUACCUGGGCUCUGAAUGGAAUGCAGCCAACUUUGAGGAGAUGCAGAAAAACAACAUUGGCUACAUUCUGAAUGUAACAAGGGAGAUUGACAACUUUUUCCCCGAGUCGUUCACGUACAUGAAUGUCAGAGUGUACGACGUGGAAGCCACCGACCUGCUCUCUCACUGGACAGACACAUACAACUUUAUCAACACUGCCAGAGAGAGCGGACAGGCGGUGCUGGUCCACUGUAAGAUGGGCGUGUCUCGCUCUGCAUCCACAGUAAUUGCCUACGCCAUGAAGCAACAACACUGGUCACUGGAUGUGGCGCUGGCCUACGUCAGUGAACACCGGCCCAUUAUCAAGCCCAACGAAGGCUUUAUGAAGCAGCUACAGACCUACAGCGGCAUUCUCAUCGCAAGUCAGCAGCGACACAGCGCCCUCUGGAGACGCAGGUCAAGAGAUCAAAGGAAAAUGUCUCAACGUAAAGAGGAGGGAGGGGAUGAAGGAAAGCUUGAACAUGAAGAAGAUGAAGAUGAGGAAGAACUUGAGGAUGAGGAAGAAGAAGAAAGUGAAGACAGUCUGGAUGAAAAUGAUUAUUCAAAAGAAAACGAGGUCUUCACACAGCCUGCCCCCCAGCCUGAAACCAAACAGGAGUCUGCGCCAGCAGAAGCCAGCCCCAUCAUCACAGUGAACAAACCAGAAAAGGUGCCAAGUAUUGAUCGCAGUGGUAGGAUGAACCUCUUUUCCCUCAUGCAGUCUAUUAGUGAACUAGAUGAUGAGGAGACAAACAAAGGACACUUGCAGUUGCUUGGCAGUCCAAAGCGGUCUCCAGGGCAGAGAAGGCGCAGCCAAGGGCGACGAGGUCUGAUUCACCAGAAAGCAUGUGUGGAUGUUUCACCUGAACCACGAAGCAAGCCUGACGGCAGACUAAAUGAAACAGAAGAUCUAUAAAGGACAAAAUACAAGGUGGAGGGAAGCAUUAAUGGAAAAUGGUUCUGAUUCUCAGUAGUAUGAUGGUAACAUGCAAAGACUUUUAUCAACUGCUUAGCUUUAUAUUUUAGGUCCCUUAUUCUUUUCAGAUUCCUCUAAUUGGUGGCUUACUGUUGUUCAGAUGAGUUUGUAUUACUGCAGUAUUGAUACCAGUCAAAAUCCAGGACACAUGAUAGCUGGAGUUAUUGCCACUGUGUAUUGCAUUUCUAGAUUUUUCAAUUUUGACACACCAAACCGUACACUCACUGGUCCCUGCUUCAUAUGAUGCCAUUGCUUUCCUCCAUCCCAUCACUCCAGAUUUUUUUAAAUCUAUGCAAGCAUUUUUUUUAAAUCUUCAUCUGCAGACAUUGAAACUGUUUGCUGCUGGUCUCAGGUGUUUUCAAGCUCCUUUUUAAACCCCUGAGACUGUUAAAUAAUUUUAGUCUGCGGCUGUAACCGCGUGCAUUAUUGACCAAGUUACGGCACAAAACUUUGUCAAACACUGUAAUGUGAAAAUGAUACAAGCAUUUUAAUGGCAGUAUGUGAAGACCCCCUUUUUUUAUUAUUUGAGAAAUUGCAGUCUGUCACAGAAGUUUUUUUUACUGUACGAGUGCCUUCAACUUGAGAAUGUCUGACAUGGCACCGGUGUGUUUUAACUGUCAGAUGGUGGAUAAAUGUGUAUCUUGUAAAGUUUCUCAUGUGGUUACAGUGUGAUUGUGGCCCCCCACAGUAUGUGUAAGGCACACGUACAUCACUGAAUGGUGCAUGUUUUAUACCCACCUAAUUUCAGGGGUUUCUUGUGCAUUUAAUUGUUCAGCACUGUCUUUCUUGUACGUUUUCCAUGCUGGUAUUAUUUGUCUACUUUAGCUAAUGUGGUGCAUGUGCAUAAUCAGCAGUAUGAAAACAUGCACUUUAUAAUCCCGCCACCACCGGAGCCAUCGUGAUGCUGUACUAUGUUUCAACACCAUCCAUUUUUAUUUCUGCCUUGACGAUUUAUUUUGGACCUCACAGUUUCAAUAAACACCAAGUGAAAAAAGACUGAUAGAUUUUAUU